AUGAUUCGGCGCCCACGAGAGCCUCAGCCUGACCCGAUAACAUUGGAAAUAAGCCAGCUCCUUUCACCACUCGUUAUCUUUCCAUGGGGACCACUUGCAAUGAACUACUUGGGCGUUCCCAUCGUCGUAGGUAAUGCUAUGUUCACCGUCCGUGACGAGGACUAUCGGCUAGCAUGCCAGAAGCUAAAGGACUCGGCAUUUUAUGAAAUAAUCCCCGAUCGCUCGAUUCCCCCCGAGAUAUUGGCGACACUCCCAGACCCAGAUCAAGCAAUUGAAGAGGUCGAGAAGGAGUACCAACGCCUUGAUAACUCAACUAUGACGUUCGAAUACCCAAUCAACCACCGCCUGUCUGGGAGUCUACAGUUAACGCUGGCCCCAAACUCUUUCGCAAAUCUUCCAAUACCGGAUAUAACCGGCGACGUCAAGCAGGAUACUAUCUCCACCAAGGGGUACGACAUAUACGGCAAUAUAUGUCAACCACUUGAAGAGGCGUUAGUUGGAAGUUUUGCGAAGAGUGUUAUUGACGAUCAGAAUGAUGAGAAUGCCGAGUUUUCUGGUUGGGGAGAUAGAUUAAGCACCUGGGUCGCUAUGAUGUGUGGAUAUCUUGAGGUAAAUUACGAUAUUCUGGAUAACUGCUCUGAUGAGCGAGCAGUAAAAUGGUUUAGUGUGACCUACGGUCGAAUACACGAGGAAAGGUUCGGCCCCUUUGAUAGACGUGUCUCAAAGCGACUCGGUUCCGGAAGAGAACUACCCGUGGACAUGAGGGGGAACCCGUUGCCUAAGUAA